AUGGAGCCUGACAGGACCCACGUGAAGCUUGACCCCAGGUACACAGCUGACCUUCUAGAGAUACUGGAAACCAAUUACAGCAUCCCAGCUGCCUGCUUCUCGCACCCUCCCAGGGCAGCCCAGCUCCUGCAAGAAUUGAGUUCUGUGGAAAUUGCCCUGACUAUCAUCCUGACCCUCCUCUCCAUGGGCUCCAUCGUCAUCUUCCUGGAGGAUGCCGUUUACCUGCAUAAGAACACCCGCUGCCCCAUCAAGAGGAAGACGCUGCUCUGGAGCAGCUCUGCCCCCACGGUGGUGUCUGUGUUUUGCUGCUUUGGUCUCUGGAUCCCUCGAUCCCUUAUGCUCGUGGAAAUGGCCAUCACCGCGUUUUAUGCGGUGUGCUUUUACCUGCUGAUGCAGGUCAUGGUGCAGGGCUUUGGUGGGAAGGAGGCAGUCCUGAAGACACUGAGGGACACGCCGAUGAGGAUCCACACGGGUCCCUGCUGCUGCUGCUGCCUCUGCUGCCCACCCCUCAUCCUCACCAAGAGGAAGCUUCAGCUGAUAAUGUUUGGCCCGUUCCAGUAUGCGUUCCUCAGGAUAACGCUGAUCGUGGUGGGCCUGUUUCUUAUUCCUGAUGGCAUCUUUGACCCAGCAGAUAUCUCUGCAGAGAGCACUGCUCUGUGGAUCAACACUGUUCUCGGCGUGUCCACCCUGCUGGCUCUCUGGGCCCUGGCCAUCCUUUUCCGCCAGGCCAAGCUGCACUUGGGUGAGCAGAACAUAGGAGCCAAGUUUGCUCUGUUCCAGGCCCUCCUUAUCCUGACUGCCCUGCAGCCCUCCAUUUUCUCAGUCUUGGCCAGCACUGGACAGAUUGCUUGUUCGCCUCCCUUUUCCUCUAAAAUCAGGUCUCAAGUAAUGAACUGUCACCUCCUCAUCCUGGAGAGCUUUCUAAUAACCGUGCUGACGCGCAUGUACUACAGGAGGAAGGACGACAAGGUCGGCUAUGAACCUUUCUCUUCUCCCAAACUGGACCUGAACCCUGAAGCCUGA